AUGACUUCCAACGAUGAAAGUCCUCGCGAUUCGGAGCUUGAGAGUAGAGAUGAUAUCGGCUCCUCCAAUAUUACGCCUUUGAGUGCUGGUGUGAAACGGCAAAGGAAGACAAAGUCCACUGCAUACAUAGAAGAUCUGAUUGCCGAGAACAAACGCCUUCGAAAUCAAGAUGCAGACCCCAAGCCACGUCCCGAGACUAGCAUACCAGAUGUUACCGUACCUUCUACCAACCAGCCAGAAGCCCCGCCCACAUUGCAGGGCACUUUACUAGAAGAAAGACCCUGGUUCUUUGAUAUGAACGUUCUUCAUACUCCUGUUCUCAUCGGCGAAGCUUCCGAUGCUGCUUUCGCGACGCGCUUUCGGCAGGCUAUCUCUGAGCCAGGACAUAGUCACAUACCGAGAGUCAAUUACGCACCAGACGAGACACUUCUUACCCUUUCAGAUGAGGAUUGUCCGUGGCCUAUUCCAUCCAGAGCACGGCUUCUUGUAAAUGUUGCGUUGAAGUAUGUUAGCAGAAGCUAUUACAUCGUGCGCAAGAGCCAAAUAUUGGAAGGCCUUGAGCAGACAAUCUUGAACCCUCACUCCACCGAUUCACUACUCAAAAGCAAACUAUGGGCUCUGUUUGCUAUUGGUGAGAUGUACUCGACGAGAACGGCGGCAAAGAAUACGAACUUCCCCGGAAUGGCCUACUUUGCCAGAGCUACAAGGAUUCUCAGGAUUGUUAGUGAAAGACCGCGGAUUGAUGCAGUUGAAAUCCGUUUGCUUCUUUCAUUCUAUUCGCUUGCCCUGAAUCGUCGCUAUACAGCCUACGCCUUGGCUGGUUCGUCAGUUCGCCUUGCUGUGGUUAUGGGUCUCCAUCUCAACGUCCCCGAAUCCCAGCUCCGCAACGUCGGCGCACGAGAACAUAGGAACCGCGUCUGGUGGACAGCUUACAGCUUCGAUCGCAUGUGGGCAUCAAGGCUUGGACACCCUGUAGCCAUUCGAGAUGACGAUAUCGAGGUCAAUCUGCCUACUGACCCGGGUUUGGGGACGCUCUCAGACGACUUUGUCGACGCAUCGUAUCUUAUCGCUAGUUCACGGCUUGCGCGCCUAGCUGCGAGAGUUAUCAAUUCUAUUUACACCAGAAAGCCACAGCAGAAGACCUUGUCGCAAAGGGUGCAGGAGGCGCUGAGGGAUCUGAGAGCUUUUGUGGAGGAGUUGCCUGCGCAUCUUCAUAUCGAACCUACAGACGCCCCGGAGCCCAGUCCCAAGCCUCUCUCGCUUCACUUGUAUUUCAAUCAGGUUGCCAUCACGGCCACUCGCCCUAUUCUUCUUCACGUCCUUCGAACCCAUGUCGCAGCAUGGGACACUCAACCUCGCACCGAACCUCAAAUCCCAGUAUCAGCAAAGACCCUCUCCGAAGCCUGCGUCCGCUGCGCACGGCACUCCUGCCGGCUCUUAAUCGAAUGUUGGAUAGACGGCUCCUUUGCAACAUUUGACUACUUCUACACACAGUAUCUCUUCGCCGCGGCAACUGUCCUUGCGAUAUCGAGCCUUAUCGACGGUAAAGAAGCUCGCAGCGACAAGGAGCAGUUCGAGUCCGCGGCACAGUUUCUUGCGCAACUAAAAGAGAAUGGAAACUUCGCUGCUGAAGAAUUCUGUCGACAUCUCGAUGCUAUGAAAGUGUGCAUGGCGACGCGACAGGGACAGUUUGCACCAGAUGCUGUGAUGCAACAGUUCGAGGAGAUUGAUGUAAGCGGCUUCUCAAACCCAACUGCCGGGAUGGCGCUGUCAGAGCCUUCGCUGCAGGAGCUGUUAUCACAGCCCGUGCUGGAUUUGCAGUUCAUUGAUGCUUCAAUGUAUCAUGACGGGUCGCAGGGGCUGUACUGGCCUGAUAUAGCUAGUGAUAUCAGUCCUGAGAGCUGGACUGCUACCGGCUGGACGCCAGGUGCUUAA